AUGAAGGAGGAGGUGGCAGGAGCCAGCGAGAUGGCUUUGAGCAAGGCCAUGGUGUCGGAGGAGCAGGACAAGCUGCCGGCGGCUUCGAAUGCUCUGUCAGAGCGCGUGGCGAUGACGGUGGGGAUGCUGGUGCGGAGAAAGGAGCUGUUCCGACAGUACGCGCGAGACAUCCGGGGGAGGACGGGGGUGGGAGCGAUCGCAGCGCUGGUGUACUGCAGGAGGGUAGUGGAGAAGCGGGAGAGGGUAUGGGGUGAUCUGUUCAUGAUAGUGAUGGAGAGGAAGCAGAAGGAGGUGGAGGAGACGGUUCUGCGAGCAGUGGACGAGGUGCUCUCGUACCCGAUCAAGGAAGAGGAGUGGGUGUGGCUGCGGGAGAAUCUUCUGAGCACCUACCUGUGGUUCGCGCGCUCCUCCCGCGGUCGCUACGAGUACCUAUGGCAGGAGCUGCUGGAGGUGGCGAGGAGGAAGCUCGCCCUGCUGGCGGAGGAGGCGGACGCCAUGCGCUUUCCCGAGCUGGAGGAGGUGGAGUCGAGGGUGCUGCUGUUAGGGGACGAGGACAGCAUGCGGCAGGACCACGAGCUGGUGGGCAUGCGGGCGGGGCUGGAGGAGGAGACGCUAGGAGGAGGAGACAGCGCUCAGUUCUACGACCUCAAUGUGUACCUGAACGAGCUUCUGUGCAUCGCCCGCCUCCUGGAUCAGCCGUUCCAAGAGCACAUGCGACGGCUCUCUUCCUCCCUCUCCUCCCCCGUCCUCUUCCUCCCCGGCCCUCCUAAGUCCCUCGCCAGGUGCCGGGCAAAGGCGCAGGGCAACGUGGGUGGUGAAGGAUGA